AUGUACCAGUGCGAAACCUGCACGGCCACGUUCUGGUACCAAGAUGACUGCGAGGACCACAUGGACGACUAUGGCCACCGGCCAAAAUGCGAGACCUGCACCCGUGCCUUCAGAACUCAGCGUGCUUGCGAUCAGCACAUGAACGACACAGAUCACUGGGCGCCGCGCUUCGAAUGCGAGACUUGCACCAAGGAGUUCCUCUCCCAGAAAGCAGCGAAUCAACAUAUGAAUGCGUUGGGACAUUGGGCGCCGAAGAUACCAUGUGAAACGUGCGGACUGAAGUUCCACACGCAAACCGCAGCGAAUCAGCACAUGACGAAGCAGGCUCAUUACAAGAACUAUUGCAAAGACUGUGGCCUGCGAUUUCAGAACGAGAAUAACCUCCGGAUGCAUCUCAACUCAAAGACCCAUCGCGGCACCAGCGUCUCCUGCCCCUUCUGCAAAGCAAACUACACCUCCGCUAGCGGCCUCACCCACCACCUCGAGACGGGUUCCUGCCCUCGCGCCCCCAAGCUUAACCGCGAAAGCAUCUUCCACAUGGUUCGCGAGCGUGAUCCGCACGGCGUCAUCACCAACAAGCAGAUUGAAUGGCAUAAGGAAGAAAACAUCAAAUACUCGGCUACCAGCCGUGCGUUCAACGGCUCUUCCUGGGAGUGCUACAUGUGCCACAAGGAGUUUAACGCCGUGAACGCGCUGAAUGCGCAUCUCAACUCGUCUGUGCAUAAGCAGAAGGUGUAUCGUUGCCCGAAUAUGAAGGGCAAAUGUGGGAAGCAAUUUGUCUCGUUGGCUGGAUUAUUCAACCACUUAGAGAGUGAGGCAUGUGCCUUCAUGAGGUUUGAGAAGGUGCAGCGGCAGGUGCAGGAUGUGCUUCAAGGACGGAAGCUCAUUGCGCUCUCCUGA